GACGGGAUGAGGAGGAAGACAGAGACCAGAUCAAUCAGCUUCAGCUUUCAAGCCGUUCAUGCAAAGUAAUCGCCCUACUCCACCAUAUCAUGGCCUCGCCGACCGGGCCCACAAAUCCUCAUCGCAACUGGCAGCGGAUGGGAGACUUGCCGCUGAGUAUCCUCUUCAGCAGCUUUCGCGACCUUGCCAGCCUGCAUCGCGCCACAACUCUUAUUCAAGAUGCUCGAUUGCAGUGUUCGGACUCCGGAAAGUUAAAAACGCACAUCUGGCUCCGGCACUCACCUGUGAACAUCAAUGCUCCUGUUAGCCAAAGCCUCGAGACCAAAAGGGCUGGGGCGCAUUUUGGAUCAGGUCGGACGCCUUACCGUUCUAUGCUGUUUAAGAGGCAGUGCACUUCUUGCCGGCUGCGCUUCCUCUGUCUCCGGAAAUCGACAUCCGAGAGAUGUAACGGUCCCAGGAGUAUAUUGCAACUAGCUGGUAACGACUCUACGAGUUUGUCUCGAAUGGAGAGAAAAGAAGAAAAAGAGUAAAAGACAUGCAAGAUACAUGCCAUCUUAUACCUCCACAUUCUUAGCCUGUGCGCUGAUAUCGAACAAGAUAGAAGUCCACCGAACCUCGAGUGUUGGCCGAGAGUUUGCCGAGGCCU